GACGGGCUCGAGUGCGGAUUCGGGAAAGCCCAGCCUAGCCCUACAGGCAGGACCACCAGCGGGCGUGUGGCGGCGGUGGCAGUUCCCACCCGGCUGCUGGUGUUGGGCCUCGUUCCAGGCGGCGGCCGAGCGGACCCGGAGGACCCUCGGGGAGCUCGCCGCGGCCGGCAGCGGGAGGGAGCGGCGGCAGCGGCGGCGGCGCGGCCCGGGCGGUGCGCGCCAUGGCGGGUGGGCCCCCCAAGGCCCUGCCGUCCACGGGGCCCCACUCCCUGCGCGACGUGCCGCACCCGCUGGCGGGUUCCAGCAGCGAGGAGGCGGUGGGUGGCGACAGCACGCCCAGCCCGGACCUGCUGAUGGUCCGCAGCUUCGGAGACAAGGAUCUCAUCUUGCCCAACGGUGGCACUCCAGCUGGCACUUCAAGUCCAGCGUCUUCAUCAUCGCUUCUAAACAGACUGCAGCUUGACGAUGACAUUGAUGGUGAGACCAGGGAUCUGUUUGUCACCGUUGAUGAUCCCAAGAAGCAUGUGUGUACGAUGGAGACCUACAUCACCUACAGGGUCACCACCAAAAGUACUCGAGUGGAGUUCGACUUGCCAGAAUAUUCUGUUCGUCGAAGGUACCAGGAUUUUGACUGGUUGAGGAACAAACUGGAGGAGUCCCAGCCCACGCAUCUCAUUCCCCCACUUCCGGAGAAGUUUGUGGUGAAAGGUGUUGUAGAUCGUUUUUCUGAGGAGUUUGUGGAAACCAGAAGAAAAGCAUUGGAUAAAUUCUUAAAAAGAAUUACCGAUCAUCCUGUGCUGUCUUUCAAUGAACACUUCAAUGUUUUCCUCACUGCUAAGGACCUGAAUGCCUACAAGAAGCAGGGCGUGGCAUUGCUGACCCGGGUGGGCGAGUCUGUGAAGCAUGUCGCAGGAGGCUACAAGCUGAGGAGUCGGCCUCUUGAGUUCGCAGCCAUAGGUGAAUACUUAGAUACCUUCGCACUCAAACUGGGAACCAUUGAUCGAAUAGCCCAGCGAAUCAUCAAAGAAGAAAUAGAGUACCUGGUAGAACUGAGAGAAUAUGGGCCCGUGUACUCCACAUGGAGUGCCUUAGAAGGUGAGCUGGCUGAGCCCCUGGAGGGAGUGUCAGCUUGCUUUGGGAACUGCUCUACAGCCCUGGAAAUGCUGACAGAUGACAUGACAGAAGACUUUCUACCUGUGCUCAGGGAAUAUAUUUUAUACUCCGACUCCAUGAAGAAUGUGUUAAAGAAGAGGGACCAAGUGCAAGCCGAGUACGAAGCCAAACUGGAAGCUGUGGCUCUGAGAAAGGAAGACCGCCCCAAGGUGCCAGCAGAUGUAGAGAAAUGUCAGGAUAGGAUGGAGUGCUUCAAUGCUGACCUGAAAGCAGACAUGGAGAGAUGGCAAAGCAACAAGCGGCAAGACUUCCGGCAGCUGCUGAUGGGGUUGGCUGACAAGAAUAUCCAGUACUAUGAGAAGUGCCUCAUGGCAUGGGAGUCAAUUAUUCCACUGCUACAGGAGAAACAAGAGGGCAAGUAGGCGCCUCCUUGGGACAGAGACUCUGCUGCCUACACAGGGCAUGGCACCCGAACGUUCCUGCAGUGCCAGAGAGGUGGCGUUGGGAAAACGACACAGAAACACCUCCAGUUUGUGUAUUUUCUCCCUCCCCUGCACCUGCAGUUGUUUUCCAUUAAUAUUUAUUCCUUGGGGGAGCCUGCAAGGCCACCAUCAUCUCUCAGCAGAAGCAUACGUCCGGGUUGUGAAGGAACCUCCUCGAGGAAUGCUAUGAAGACUUGAAACUGAGAGGCAUGACGGCCUACAGAUGGCAUUGUGACAUCUCAUGAGCUUCCUCUUGGGGGACAGCAAAGUUGCCUGUUGUGGGAGAGAACUCGGGUCCUGCUUUUUAAGAACACAAGGAGCAUGAAGAGAAGGGAGCUCUGGCCUGCUAUGGAGACCUAAUGGCUCUGACUUGGCCCCCGUGGGCAUUGACUUGUCUCAGCUUAGACAGAGGCGUGAGCACCUCCAGGAAAGUCCUUAAUUUACAGUGGCCUGUAGCCUGAAUGUGGCCUGCUGCCUGUUUGUGAUGAAUGACCUGUAUUUUCUUGUUUCUGGCUCACGGGGGCCGCUUGAGCCCGUGUCUGUGUGCGUCCUUGCUUGAGGGAGCAAGCCAGCGUCCUUGUCCUUCAAUGAUGCCUCAAGAAGCUGAGGGGGAAGCUCCCCGAAUGCAGUAGAUCAGAAAGCUUUCUAUAAAAUGAAAAAAGGUGCAUUUUUCUCUGUGAAGUCUUGAGUAUAUUUCUUCUAUUUGUUACUUGUCAUCGGGCCUGGACCUUUUAGGAAUAGCUGUUGUUUAGCACUCAAAGUAACUCCUCUGUUGUUGAGAGUAGUGGAAUUAAGCCAAGCCCACCCCCAAUGUCUGCUUUUGCAAUUUGUCUUUACCUCACCAGGAACACCUAGUUUAAUAUUUCCUGCCACACCUGCCAAAUAGUUGGGCAGCCUUUUGGUGAGAGGGCUGGUAUGUCGUAUUCUUGUUAUGACACAGUCGCAAUUUGUAAACUCAGUGUGAAUGUUCUACAUAAAGUGCUUUAUUUAACCCUUAACAUUUCCUGGUCAGAAAGAAGAGUACGUACAGGGGCCUCAGAGAUGAUGUGUAAUCUUGCUCUGCUUGUAGUAAAAGUCUCAAUGCACAGCCAAAUUCCUGGGGACUGCCAACUGUGUUUAGUCUUCAUUUCAAACUGUUACUAGAUUUUCUUUCCAAAUCACCACAAAAUGAAAUCAUAUAGGAUCUACCUUUCUGCUCAUUGUCCUUCUCCUGAAAAGAAACUCCAUGCAUCACAUGUGUUCACUCACCCUUUUAGAACUCUAAAUUGAAGCCUCAAAUAACCUGGAGGGUUUUAAUUUUUUUUUUUUUGCUUAGAUGAAGCAGUUUACUGCCUCAUGUUCAGGUUAACCUGAAAAUGCCAAUCGACGUGCAGUAUGUUGAGGUCACUCAUCCCAUUGUCCCAGCAGAGUCGACUGUGUCAGCCACAACUGGGACAUCAGGUGGACAAGAACAUUUCUGUUCUUUUGCUCUCGUGCUUGACACACACCGUUGAAAUGGUCAUUUUUCUGUCAGUCGGUACUUGCCUGUACUGCUAACCUUCAUCUGUGCCAUUCUAAAUCCUUCGAUGUGAAUUUUCAGUUUGGUACAAAUAGAAAUGAGUCACUGGAGCAGAAGGGUAGGAUGGUAUGGUGCCUGCCCCAUCUCCAGUGUCUCAGCAUUUCAUUCUACCUCUAAGCCAUGGUUGGUGUGGGUAUGGAUGUGCGGGUCCAGCCUUAGCACAAUGAUCACAUCAGGGAGUGAUCUGGUCGUUGACAGGCCUGGGUUGAUAGAGGUCACAGGAAACCAUGCUUGAUCCAGCAGCAGCAUCUUUGGAAUAUCUUUAGAGGUUUUGCCUUGUGGAAUGUGCACUUGCAAAACGAUGCUUGGAAAGAACUAUGGGAAGAGUUGCAAGGAGACUAGAACAGAGCUGAAGUUCCUCUGUACCAGCUAGUUAAGGAAGGUGGCAGCCUUUCAAAGCAGCAUUGGGCUGUUCACUGGAAGGGAAGGGUUGGGAGGUCUACAUCAUGGGAAACAGCACUGGCCUAGAGGGACUGCCUGGCUUUGAAGGCACAUUGAGAUUUUGUCUUGCUCUGCUUGUUUGCUUCCUGUGACAUUCCUGUGCUUCAAAACACAGGAAUAGUAGGCACAAUGAAGACCUGUCCUUUAGGCAUGUCAGUGGCAGAGCCAGGAAACUCUAUAGACAUUACAGACUUCCAUGAUCCUUCCUGGGAAAUGAU